GAACGCGGGGCCGCCUGCUUGCAGCCCCUGGCCGGCGGCGUGGGAGAUGGAGCAAGCCGCCGGGUGCCCCGCGGUGGGCGGCAGCUACCCGCAGAAAAACGCCGAGAUCCUCAGCAGCCAGUACGGCAUCAACCUCUUCCUAGCCGGGCUGCUGCUCACCUUCGCCUGGGCUGUGCAUGCCGUGGGCAUCAGCAAGAGCCACUUGCUCUCCUACCUCAUCACGCUGAUGCUCAUCCAGCUGCUGUGGAUGCUGUGGUACCUCUGCAGGAGCUGCACGCAGAGGCGGCUGAUCCGGGACAAGGACACGCACGCCGGAGCCCGCUGGCUGAAGUGUGGGAUUACAUUAUUUGCGGUGAUCACUUUAAUUCUGGAUUCCUUUAAAAUUGGAUAUUAUAUUGAUUUUUCAAACUGUUUAUCACCGACUGAAGGCAUUUUUCCUGUUACACAUGCUGUCCACACCAUCUUACAGGUAUAUUUUCUGUGGUGUCAUGCAAAGGAUGUUAUCCAGUCUUUCAAAACACUUGAAAGGUUUGGUGUUAUCCAUUCUGUUUUCACAAAUUUGCUCCUGUGGACAAAUGGCGUGUUAACCGAGUCAAAACACCAAUUGAACGAGCAUAAAGAAAGACUAAUCACACUUGGUUUUGGGAACAUAACUAUCGUUCUAGAUGAUCAUGCGCCUCAGUGCAAUUGCACGACAACAACUCUCUGCUCGAUAUUUUCUCAAGGAAUAUAUUACCUAUAUCCCUUUAAUAUAGAGUACCACAUCCUAGCAUCCACAAUGCUCUAUGUCCUGUGGAAGAACAUCGGCCGCAAAGUUGAGCACCACCAGCAAAACAAAACUCCAUUCAAAUUCCACGGCAUAACUGUUGGGAUGAUUUUUGGACUAAUCGUGUUAACUAGCACAAUAGCCAUAGUGGUUGUGUAUUUAAUUCAGAUUGGAGGUUCAAAAAUCAAAAGCGAGCUAGCACUCACUAUGUUUUACUUGCACGCUAUUUUCGUGUUGGCUCUCAUGUGCACAGCUGGAAUCGUCGCCCUUCUCAUCUACAGGCUGGAAGAUAGAUCACUGGAUAAUUCCAAGAAUCCCGCUCGAAAACUGGAUGCAGAACUCCUGGUGGGCACAGCUGCAGGGUCCUGGCUGCUCUCCUGGGGCUCGAUCCUCGCCAUUAUCUGUGCCCAAGGUCAUCCCAAAUACACAUGGUAUAACCUGCCCUACUCCGUCCUGGUAAUUAUUGAGAAAUAUAUUCAGAACCUCUUUAUCAUUGAAUCCAUCCACCGUGAGCAGGAAAAGGUAAAUGACAACAUUAAAACUCUUCGAAUAGUGACAAUAUCCCGGGGGACCACCUUGUCCCUCAACCCCUUGUACAAAGAGAUCUACAGUGGCAGAGCUGCUCGUGACAGCGGUGACAUACCCUGUCUGUUCAAGGGCAGCAUCUGUGGGAGAGAAAACGAUGGUGCAAGUGUUGCCAAAGAAGAAACAAGGCAGGACAAUAGCUUGGUCAUGCACUCAGCCUCAGAUUUCUCAUUUUGCCAUAGAAACUCAGUUACUAACAACAAGAGGAGAAUUUUGAAGAACAUCGCUGCAUUUUUAUUCCUCUGCAACCUUUCGCUGUGGAUACCACCGGCGUUCGGGUGCCGCCCGGAAUAUGACAAUGGACUGGAAGAAAUAGUUUUCGGCUUUGAACCCUGGAUAAUUGUUGUGAACCUUGCGAUGCCUUUUUCUAUUUUCUAUCGGAUGCAUUCAGCUGCUUCUCUCUUUGAGGUCAAUUGUAAAACAUAGAGCAUAUACGGUCCCUCAGUGAACAAUUGAUUGAAUAAUUAAUUACAUAAAUAACAGUUGUGGGAGUGGAUGAAUGAAUGAGUGAAUGCAGCAGCUGCCCAAUAAAUAGAAGAUUCAAUAAUUUGUUUUAAAGAAGGGACCGUAGCUAAUAGCAUGUAAUUUUUUUUUUCUUUCCACAUGUUUUGUUAUGUAUGUGGUAUUAUUUUAUAAAUACACUUUUCAGUAUCAUAUUAGUGUUAAUAUGAUUAACACAACAUAGUAAAGUUAAUUCAAUCUCAUUACUCUUUGUUUUAGUCAACUGGGAUUUGUGCUCUAUACAAUUUGUAUGGAUUUGUUUCCAUUCAUUGUGACUUGUGAAAGGGGUUUACAAAAAAUUCUGUAUGACUUAGAACAGAAGAUCCCAGAAAGAGCUUCUCCUGAAUCACAGAUAUAUUAGGAAAACUCCAACUCUUAAUUCCUAGCUUUGUUUUUUUUAAUGGUAAAACCUACAAAUAUUUGCUUGAUAAAUGAGGUGUGAGAAUUAGUUUAAAGUUCUUUAUUACUGAUGAAAAACAAUAUAUCAUUAUCAUUUUGUGGAUAGAUAUAAAUAGCAAGAAAUCUAGGUGAGUAACAUAUAUGAUUAGAUAUCACGUUGUGUAUAAUUUUUCCUGAUAAGGUAUAUUUAUAUUAAUUUUCUUGUAUUUACUCUAUGA